UCAGCUCAUCUAAGGCCCGUCAAUGGAGUCAAGCGGUCACGCCAGUUCGGUGUUGUUAGUGUCAAAGAAGGCCGUGGCUAAUGCAAACGGGAUUUUCUUUCACUUCAAGUAGUUUAUCGGUUGCAGAUAAGUAUUAUUUAAGUUGUCCCGUUUAAGAAAUAGUUUUAUGUUAAAGAAUUGUCCAGUUUGCAGCUGAUACGCCGUGUAAACACAAAAGCCUCGGUAGCUAGUUAGCGUUAGUUCGUCUGCUAGCUAGCACGCGAUUAACCCUAAAUCUCAGCUGCAGCUUUUAAACAGGCGUGUCACUUAUUUUUAUCGUUUUAUUUCUAACUCGUUAAAACCCUCGACCGCACAACACUGUCCAGGCAGCUUUUGAGUGCUUUUCUGCUUCUCGACGAUAAUGGCGGAACAGAGUGCAGUGGUCAUGCAGCAGAAUUUGGACAGGAGCUGCUGGGUGUGCUUUGCUACAGAUGAGGAUGACCGCACAGCAGAGUGGGUGCGUCCAUGUCGGUGCCGAGGAUCUACAAAGUGGGUUCACCAGUCCUGCUUGCAACGCUGGGUUGAUGAGAAACAACGAGGCAACAGCACAGCACGCGUCGCCUGCCCGCAGUGCAAUGCAGAAUACCUCAUUGUGUUCCCCAAGCUCGGUCCAGUGGUGUAUGUGCUGGACCUGGCAGACCGGCUCAUCUCGAAGGCCGGGCCCUUUGCUGCUGCCGGCAUCAUGGUGGGCUCCAUCUACUGGACUGCGGUGACGUACGGUGCAGUCACAGUCAUGCAGGUGGUGGGCCAUAAGGAGGGCCUGGAUGUUAUGGAGCGGGCCGACCCCCUAUUCCUGCUCAUCGGCCUGCCCACCAUCCCAGUCAUGCUGAUUCUCGGCAAGAUGAUCCGCUGGGAGGACUACGUCCUGCGUCUGUGGAGGAAAUAUUCGAACAAACUGCAGAUCCUCAACAGCAUCUUUCCAGGGAUUGGCUGCCCAGUUCCUCGUAUCCCAGCAGAGGCCAGCCCCCUGGCAGACCAUGUGUCAGCCACACGGAUCCUGUGUGGAGCCCUUGUCUUCCCAACUAUUGCCACCAUCGUGGGAAAGCUCAUGUUUAGCAGUGUCAACUCCAACCUACAGAGGACCAUCCUGGGAGGCAUUGCGUUUGUGGCCAUCAAGGGGGCGUUUAAGGUGUACUUCAAGCAGCAACAGUACCUGCGACAAGCCCACCGCAAGAUCCUCAACUUCCCUGAGCAGGAGGAGGCAUGAGGCCCAGCAGGACGCCGCUUAUACCACACACUCGCCUCUAGGAGCUGUGAGCAGAGGCAGGAGAAAUGUCAAACUGAAGUGCUGGUGAAACAGACUUGGGAUCAGUAUCACCCUCAUCUUUGUCCUCCUCUCAUCCUCCCUGGAGGCGACAUUCUGCUCGAGCAUCCUGACUACCACCACUACGCAUAGUUUUUAAACAGACUCCUUCCUUUUGGUGACGACGGAUAAAACUAAGCACAGAUUGGAGCAUGUUUGCAGUUACUUCACCUUGGAAGUUCUUUGGACAAUGUGGCGCGUUAAUGUAAUGUGUGGCUGUUUUCAACCAUUGCAUAAAUGCUACUUACUUGUAUUUUAAAGAAAAAUGCAGGGCAUGCUUAAUUGGAAGGUUUUAUAAUAAAUGAUUGUUUUAUAUGCUUUUGCAGAUUUGACAAGUCCUUUUGCCAAUGUUUGGUUUCUAUCGAGUGAUAAUGUUGAGUAUGGAAUGUAUUAAACAAUAAAUGUUUAACAGUUUGUGAUGCAGGACAUUAACUACAGCCAGAAGGCAAAAAGGUUGUGCUCUGGAGAGGUUUGACUCUAACUCAGAUCAUUUGUUAUGCUUUUCCACUUUCUUUCACAUACUUUGUAACUUUAGCUCCAUUUUACAAUCCGUCCUUAUGUGGCGUAAUCGUGGCGCUCAGUGUUUGACGCUCCUGCAGUCUGUUGCCAUGAGACCGUGUCCACCACGUAAGCGGCAGUGAAGGGUUGGAAAGGAAGCUUCAAGUUUGGAGCAUUUAACUGAGCCUGUAGCUCUGCAGGCAGUGUUUUUUUUAUUUUCUGUUACAGCACUUUAAGAAGGAACUGCUUGCAUCAAAUUUCUAUUUUAAUGCAAGUCCAAAAUGGCCUGGAGAACUGACCACUAACCUGCACAAGUGAACUGUGCCUGCUUUACCCAUGUCCUACAACCACAACUUCCACAGUAUUGUCACUGUCAAGUCUCCACUCUGCCAAAAAAGCACACUGAACUGUGUUGUACAGAUGUUGCUUCUGACUAUUGUAUCAGUUCUGUGAAUAAAUGUAUUUUUCAAAAUA